CAUUCAAUUGUCUUUGCAUCCCGUUUCGUUAACUACAAAGGGAAACAAAACCAAACCCAAAUAGCCAUCGAUUUCUUCGAAAUCCAGAGCCGGAUAUCUCUCUUCGUCUCCCAGAAAAGUAGAAGCUUUGUGGGUUUUGAUUUUAUAGUUUUUUGUUAACCAUGGAUUGUACUAUGAGAGUGGCCUUAUCGAACAUUAUGCCAGUUUCUUCUCCGUCAAAAAUGAAUCCGAAUCCAAAUAAUAGAAUUCCUUAUGGGUUUCGAUACAGCGGAGGUGUUUGCAUCCCAAGAAUCUGUGCAACUUCUCUCAACGGCGCUGCUGCCAAUGGGGACAAUUCAAGUUCAGUGGUAGAUAUGCACCGGAGAAGAAGUGGUCUUGAAUCUCUGUUUUGCUAUGACAAGCCUAUACCUGAGGAGAGAAUUGAGAAGCCAGUUGGUGUUUCCAUUGCUGAAAAAGUAAUUGGAGAUAAUUUUCGAUGCACUGAUUGUCAAGCUAAGGGGGCAGUCCUUUGUGCCACUUGUUCAGGUUCAGGCUUGUAUGUUGAUUCGAUCAUGGAGAGCCAAGGAAUCAUUGUCAAAGUCCGAUGCCUUGGUUGUGGAGGAACUGGUAACAUCAUGUGUUCAGAAUGUGGCGGCCGAGGUCAUCUUGGACAGAAGUGAUGUAGUUGAGAUUCCUUUUCUUUACCUCAGCAGAUCUUGUUGUACCAUUUAGGCUGUAAUGUUUACACUUAAUUGCACCACGAUUCUAGUCCUAUAGUUUUAAGAAUUUAAAGGUUCUUGUUUGGUAAUCAUCUGUGAUAAUUUUUUCGUUAGUGGAACAGUAUUGGAUUUGACUCAGUCCAUCUUUGACUUGAUUCAUCUCGGAAUUUUAAUUUUAUAUUUAUCUCAUGUCCCCAAGAUUUGUUGAA